GAGUCGCUCCUGUUUCUCCUCCUUCUUCGUCCCCAGUGUUAGCAGUCCCAGAAAUCUGCGUCCAGCGCACCAAAACACUCCGAAUGGGAGGAAAUGUGGCAUGACGGAGACGUGCGGCCCAGCAGCACCGGCACCGUUUAUCGAGCGUCCAUAAGCCGAACAUGGACCUGAGGAGACCCGAGUGUACCGCCGGAGCACCGCUGAGACAGCACCACACAAAGCGCAUGGAGGAGCGCGCUCUGGUUUAGCGUCUGCGGAUCAUUUCAGCGCUUUGAUCUUACUGACGCGCACAGAGGACGCGGCUUGGAGGCUGGAGGGCCGAUUACAGCCGCCCAGGCUGGUUUUUCCUACACACAUAAGACUGAUCCGAUCCUCAUCAGUGCACCACCUCCGGCUGGAUAAAGGAGGAGGGGAAGGAAAAUGAGCGAGCAGAGCAUCUGCCAGGCCCGGGCCUCUGUAAUGGUCUACGACGACGCCAGUAAGAAGUGGGUGCCCAUCAAGCCGGGGCAGCAGGGCUUCAGCCGCAUCAACAUCUACCACAACACUGCCAACAACACCUUCAGAGUGGUGGGCGUCAAACUGCAGGACCAGCAGGUGGUUAUCAACUACUCCAUAGUGAAGGGUCUAAAGUACAACCAGGCCACCCCGACCUUCCAUCAGUGGCGGGACGCUCGGCAGGUCUACGGGCUGAACUUUGCCAGUAAAGAGGAGGCCACCACCUUCUCCAAUGCCAUGCUGUUCGCCCUAAAUGUCCUCAGCUCCCCCGACAGUGGAGGUCCUGUAGUUCAGCGCCAAAAUGGUCCCUCCUCAGAAGAAAGCGAAGCACAGAGGAGGAUGAUGGAGCAGCAUCAGAUGCAGGCGCACAAGGAGAGGGAGCGACGGACAUCAGGAUCAGUCGUUUCCACCCUCCAGUAUAAAGUGUCCACCCCUCCCACCCACCAAGACACUCCUCCCGAGUACAGACAGUUCAGAGCUAGCACACUGCCACCCUCCUAUGUCCGUGUGGCCUCCUCCUCCUCUCCCCCCUCCUCCAUGCCUCCCUCUCAGGAGAAGGAGGUGGGGGGUGCUAGGGACAAGGUCCAGCUGUCCUCCCAGCUCUCCACCUCGCUCGCCUCAGCUUUUUCCCCAGUCCAGACAGGAGUAAACACCCAGGGCCGACAGGUCCGUCAGAUCCCCCUGUCUCCCCCCACUGCGGCCCGCCACCUUCAGCAUCAGCAGCAGCAACAGCAAGAAAUCCUUCUCCCCCCCAAACAUGGCACCUGGUCUGCCUCCCACUUGCAGCAGAUGUACCCCCAGUGUCCCCAACCCUCCUCAUCCCCUCCAGUAAUGAUGCCCAUGCCUGUAAAGCAGGGUUUACCCCCUCAGCCAGUCCUCCCAGUAGCUCACCCCCCUCCACCUGUCAGCACUAGGAUGAAGCCCCCUCCCCUCGAACCUCCUGCCGUGGGGGGCACCCAUCAGUACCCCCAUCAGCUGCCCCACCCUCACUCCAAUGGCCAGCUAGACGAUUCCUACUCUCCUGUUUCACAACAUCUGCCACUCACACCGCAGUACUGCGAGGCAAUCCCCCUCCCUCCUCUGAUAGGUCAGUCAGGCCCAGGCCCUGCCCCUAACCACCAAUCCCAGAACCAGUUAAUCUUCCACUCUCAGCAGCAUCUGCACCAACAACACCAGCCGCAGCACCACCAGCAGGCCCAGAACCCCACCACCAUCACCUCAUCUUCCUCUUCCUCCUCGCCCCCUUCUUACACUGCCAUGUCUGACGGGGGCUCUCCCAAGAAGACCCCCUCCCCUGUCCCCCAGCCGGCCCCCACGGCCAGCAGCAGUGGCCCUGUCUCUGCAGGUCAUCCAGCUAUGCUUUCUGUGGCCCCGCCUCCAGCUGUGGCUCCAGCACCCAUGGCUGGUCCGCCAGCUCCACCGCCACCGCCGGGUCCACCCCCCCCAAUGGCGGUCCCUCCACCCAUGCCCCCUCCUUUGCCCACCGGUGGAGGCCCUCCUGGGGGCCCGCCUGGGGUCCAGCCUUCAGGACUUGCUGCAGCUCUGGCUGGAGCCAAACUACGGAAAGUGCAUAGAGAUGAGAGUAGCCCUCCCGGCUCUGGGGGUAAAUGUGACUCCAACCGCUCCAGUGGGGGCAGCGGUGGCGGCGGCGGAGGAGAGGGUCUUAUGCAGGAGAUGAAUGCCUUACUAGCUCGCAGACGAAAAGCUUCAGAGAAACCUGAUGAAGAUGAUUCAGGUGGUCGAGGGACAGGUCAGCAGAACUCAACAGAUGCCAUGAAGAAGCCGUGGGAGCGGUCCAACUCGGCAGAAAAGUCUUCGCUGGUGUCCAGGGUGAGACCUAUCGGCAGCACCAGUGAAGCCGACACAGAAUUCGACAGGAUGAAACAGGAAAUUUUGGAUGAAGUCGUGCGUGAGUUACACAAGGUGAAAGAUGAAAUCAUUAAUGCCAUCAGACAUGAAAUUGGCAGAAUCAGUACAUCUUAAUCUCAUCUGAGUGAGCCGGAUAAGGGAGCAGGAGUGGGAGCGGCGGGAGGAGGACGGACACGCAGAUGCACAGACAAGAGGACCAGAGAAUGUUCUCUCAAUGUUUCUGUGACCUCUCGAUGCCACGGUACAAGUUGCAGAGACGUUGUGCCAACAUUUAAGUCUGCUGGACAGCAAAUGAAAAAUGGAAAUAAGAAAGCAGGCAUUUUUAUGGAGGAAGCUGAAAGACUAGAGUUUUGAUUAAUUUAAGGAAUGGACUUAAAGUUGAAGUAAAGAGACAUUUGUACUGAGUUUGGUGUUGUGGUCCUCUCUGUGCACCUAGACUCAGUCAGCCCAGUGUUGCCGCUUUUUUGUUCUCUGUUGAGUCUUAUGAAGAAAAUAUUUUUGUUUUCUAAGUUUUUACUGUUUCAUUAUUUAAAACUGUGGUAAUAAUGAUGGUGCUGUUGAUGACAAUGAGUAUUAAGUGGUAUUAGAGAAGGACAAAGGAAUCUUGCACACCAUUUCUGUCAGCUUUUUAUAUUUUUUAUGGCUCUGGUUUGGUUUCUCCCUGACCAUUUCAUGAGAACAAGCACAAUAUGGUCAAAGAUGCUGAUGCAGACCCACUUGCCCUUAAAUGGCAUAUUUAAAACAAAAAAGAGAAAAAUGUUUUUAUAACUUUGCUCAUACUGGUGUUGUAUGUCUAAUCUUUUUCCUCCAUAGAUGAAAAUGACAUCUUAUAUCGCCUAUCUGAGGCAGAACAUUUACAUUGAAGUGCAGUCUGCAUACAGCUCCAGUGUGACUGAGGAACACGCUGGGGAUCGUUCACAAAACAGGCUGAUGAGUGUAAAUGUGCCACCCUGUUUUACCUCCCUACAUAUGGAACGGUGUAUUGUCUAUUAGUCAUCAUAUGCUUUGUGAACCUCCCAGUAUGCAUGAACUUCCCCCGUCUCUAUGAAUUUGCUUUCUAUUUGGUUCAAAACUUAAUUAAAAGUCUAUAUAAAUGGUGGUGCAAUUAUUAAAGUGGUUUGUUUCUACAAGGGUUCUCUUUCCUGUAGAUGAAAUGUUGAACGUGGAAAUCUGGGUUGAAAAUGCAAAGGUUAUGAGCUCAGAGUGUAAGUUUAAUUUGCAGUUAAUGUCCUGAGGAAGGCUCAUGAUGAAGGUCUUUGUUGUGGUGGUUUAACUUGUCUCUGCAGGAUGACUUUGGAUAAAUACCAGCUGUUGAAUUCUGCGCUGUGUCAACUCUCGACUCGUUCUGAAUUAAAAGCAGGAAGUAAAAUUUAUUCCAACAAAUUCA